CACACCUACAUCCACCAGAUGCUUCCUUCGCACUUCCAUCACCAACAACACUACCCUCACACAAAUUCCCUUUCUGCACCUCCAAAUUUCCCCCAUUUCCUCUCCCUACCCCCUCACCGCCACCGCCGUCGGAUUUAUGUAUAGCAGAAAAGACAUUCUAGGGUUUCUGUGUUCUGGUCUCAUCCUUGGCGCCGGAUAAGAUCAACUGACUCGACGAAUUGGAUCAAUGCUGGUCCCUGGAAUUCUAGGGUUUCAGGGCCUCCUACUGCUCCUCGUCCUGGCCUGUUUCCUUGUGAUUCGUCACAAGUGGAAGAAUGCGGUGGUCAAUAAAGAGGAAAUCAUGCGUCUUGUGGCUAUGGCUUCCGAAGAGACCGCUGUCGCUGAGUUUCAGGCCACGUCUCCUUACGCUCCGGUUGUGCAGCCGGUGUCCUUGCCGUACCACUGUGCCGUCUGCUAUGCCAGCACCACAAUGCGCUGCUCUAAAUGCAAGGCUGUCCGAUACUGUUCUGGUAAGUGUCAAAUCAUUCAUUGGAGACAAGGUCACAAAGAUGAAUGUCAGCCUUCAAUUGAUGCCGUGCAGUUCCAAGACAGGAGUGACUUCGAUGGUGAAGCAAUAUCUCAUCACGAUGGAAAAGGAUCACAAGCUAAUUUAACCACAUUCAGAACUGCAUCUUGGGAUGCCAGAGAGAAACUUCUUUCUGAUGGUGUUGCUCCUGAUCAGCUUGAGAAUAUGUCAUUACCCUCAGGAUGCGCUAAGUUGGCGAAUAUUCAGGAGGACAUAUCACAUGCAAAUAAGUUAAGUAAAAUGAAAUCCAGUCAUACUGAUAAAGAGGUUGAAUCUACACCAAAAAUUCCCAAAGCCAAGAAAAACAUAUCUGGUGAUGCUCAGCCUGAAAAUAUUGGCAGUAAGAAGCUGACCAGAAGACCUAUUUCAUCAGAAAAGAAACUUACUGAUGCCUGUAAGUCCAAGAGCUCAUCAAGUAAUGACACAGAAGAUGAGUCUAAAGAAGAAGAAUCUCUGUCACAUAGGGUUUCUAUUGAUCGGCCAUCUUCAACCACUGGAGAGCAUAUGUAUUCCAGUUCUAGAUAUGAAAAGAUUGAAGCUUAUCAUGCAUUGCCUACAAAUGAAAAAGUUGGUAGUAUCCCAAACUUGCCACAAAAUGCUCGUAAUGGAUUGAAAACUUCUGUGAGGAAAGUUGUGCAGCAGUUUAAAUCCUCAAAACAACUGAAAUCCAACCUCUCAGGUUGUGGAGAAGAGACUGUUGGAAAAUACAAGGUAAUUUUUCCGUAUGAACUGUUCGUGAAACUGUACUCCUAUGACAAUGUGGAUCUUUGUCCAUUUGGCCUUAUGAAUUGUGGGAACAGCUGUUAUGCUAAUGCGGUGCUCCAGUGUUUAGCAUUUACUCGGCCUCUUGCUUCUUAUCUUCUUCAAGGGCUUCAUUCUAGAGCAUGUCAAAAGCACGACUGGUGUUUUAUCUGUGAGUUUGAAAUUCUUCUUAUGAAGGCAAAGGAAGGGAAGUCUUUACUGUCCCCGAUCAGGAUACUAUCUAAAAUACAUAAAAUUGGAAGUAAUCUUGGCCAUGGAAGGGAAGAAGAUGCUCAUGAAUUUUUGAGGUAUGCUGUUGAUACCAUGCAAUCUGUUUGCCUCAAGGAAGCCGGGGCUGUUGGUCCUUUGGCAGAAGAAACAACUCUAGUAGGCAUGACUUUUGGAGGCUACCUUCGAUCUAAGAUAACGUGUAUGAAGUGCCUUGGAAAAUCUGAGCGAUUUGAGCAGAUGAUGGAUCUUACUGUCGAAAUUGACGGGGAAAUUGGAACUCUUGAAGAGGCUCUAGCACAAUUUACGGCUACUGAAACUUUGGAUGGAAAAAAUAGGUACCAUUGUAGCAGGUGUAAAUCUUAUGAGAAAGCCAAAAAGAAAUUAACAGUUAUGGAGGCACCAAAUAUCCUUACAAUUGUGUUGAAGCGUUUUCAGUCUCGUAACUUUGAGAAGCUGAAUAAGUCGGUACGGUUCCCAGAGGUUCUCAACAUGUCACCAUAUAUGGGUGGAACAAGUGAUAGAUCUGCUUUGUACAGUCUUUAUGCUGUGGUUGUUCACUUGGACAUUAUGAAUGCUGCAUAUUCAGGCCAUUACGUGUGUUAUGUAAAGAAUAAUCAGGGGGAGUGGUUCAAGAUUGAUGAC